AUGUUCUCCAACCUCGCCUACCUCCUAACCUCCAAAUCCAUCACCCUCUACAUCCUCUACACAUUACACGUCAUGCUAGGCACUUCUCUCGUCUUCACCGCCCUCUACACCUACGGUUUACAUUCGAGCAAAGCGAUGGCACGGGCAGCUGCACUCGAAGCUUCAAUGCAAGCUAGUGGUAAUAAUGGGUGUGGAAUUUCAACGAUGGGAAAUGGAAGUGCGGUGGAAUUUGAAGAUGAUUUGGAUACUGAGAUGCAUGGGAUGGAUAUUGCGAUUGGUGGAUUGGAUGGGGUGAGGAAGAGUGGGAGUGUGGUUGGUUUGAGUACGGGUAGAGUGGAGUGGGAAAAUGGAAGUGUGGGGUUGGAGGUUGAGGGUGCAGAUUUGGGGGUGGAGCGGACCGGGGUUAGGUUUAGGGAGGUUUGUUAUUCUUCGCGUCAGAAAGAGGGGGUGCAGGUUGGUGUGUCUGUGCCUGUGAUGGGUGGUAGGGGAAUAUCUGUUGAAAUUUCUUGA